AUUCAAAACACUGCUUCUUGUUGCGGACGUGUGUUCUCGGGGAAAUCUACAAUAUCAGAGGAGAAAAUGGAGGCCCUUGGAGAGCGUCUGAAGGUGAUGGUUAAAGUGUUCAGGAGAGAGGGCCAAAGGGUUUUACACUCUGAGAGGACCACCAUUCAUGGAGCUGAUGGCAUGCUCAUGAUACUCCAGCUGGCAAUGGCAGAAGUUAACAAGCAGCACGGCCGAGAGUUCAAAGUGGCUCUGAGUGAUGUCCUGAUGGCCUGGAAACACUUACUGUUAGACAAACUUCACCUGCCACCCCCCAACUCUGCACGCAUGGAGAACUAUGAUCUCAUCCUGGAGGCAUAUGAAUCCUUCCUGAAGCGCUCCAACACGGUGGACCUGAUUGAUAUCCUCUCCAUGUACAAACAGCUGAGAUUAGAUGACUCGGACCCAGAGGAGCCUGUGAGCCCGAUUCAGCUGUUUGAGUUCUUAUCGAACAACGAGGAGGUCUUGGAGUUUCCAGACUCUGCAGUGCCGUCAACACCGUCUAGUAAAAUCAGACCCUGCUGCUCACAGGUGAAAAUUGCAGUGAGAAGGGUGUUCUGCUCCUAUCUGAGUUUGCUUGUGAACGUGAAGAAUGACAUGGCCUUGGCGCUAACCCUGGACGUCCCCAGUCGUGCUCUCGAACGUCAGGCAUUUACCGACGUCAAGCAUGCUGCACAAAACAACAGCACCUCUCUCUUCUUGGCUGUGACAUCUUUUGUGAGGAUCAUCCAGCUCGGAGGCAGAGGCUACGCUCCAGCUGAGUCUGACCCACUGAGGAAACAUGUCAAAGGCCUGUCUGACUUUGUUCAGUUUCUAGACAACCUGGAAGAAUUACUCGGGGAGAUACCCGACCCAAGUGUGUGUGGAGCCCGGCUGGUGGCUGCCAUCAGGGCGGUGCUGGUGAAGGGACGCAGCAGUGGAGAUGCAGUGUAUGCUGUGUCUGAGGAGACGACAAAGGAGCUGAAGGAGAGGAUUUGCCAGCUAUAUCAGAUCCAGAAACAGAUUGCUAAAGGAAGCGGGACUGGGAUAAGCCCUGCCAGGCCAAAGGCGCACACAGUCAAUCACUGCACUGCGUACGGAGGUCGGGACACUGUGAAGGUGCUGCUGGCUCUGCUGGAUGAAGAGGCCCUGGCUCCCCCGUCUCAGAACAAGGCGGACCUGCUGUCUGAGGACCAGCCCGUCCUCAGUGGGGCAGAGGGGACCUGCAUCCUCAACUUGUUCAGAUCCCCUGAAUUGUCAUCUGGAAGCUCUCCAGAGCCUCUUAAGAACCGAGUCCAGAGCCGGCUAGACCUGCUCAAACCCAAGCCCAAAGAGGGGGUCAUUCGAUCCCAGUUUGCAUGCACAUACAAGGAUGAAGAACUGCCACUCAACCGUGUGCUGGAGUUCCCCAGCAGCAGCCAGAUGCCCACCUGUGUGCACCCAGCACCCAAACCCAAAAACACCCCCCCUGUGGACGAGGAGUGCAGCUCUGAUGUGGAGGUCAAAACCAAAGCCAAGUCUACAUCUGAAUGCCUGAAUAAGGAGCAGAGCGGUGUGCAGCAGGGGGCUGUUCUUGGGCCAAGAAGUGGAAAUGCCCAAAAAAGAGUUGCAGGCCCGGGCAUUAAAAAGAAAACUGGCACUCAGGCGCAGGGAAAGGGCAACAAGAGGAAGCAGGUUGAUUCAGACCAACAUGAAGGGUCGGAGAACGAGCCCCCAGAGAAGAAGCAGCUCACUGCUGUCUCAGUCAAAAUGCCUGGCAAGAAUGUCAGUAAGGCCUUGAGUAAGAAGAAGUUGAUAGCUGGACAGGGAAAGCUUACAAGCUUCUUCAGGGUCUAAUGAAUCAUUUUUAAUCAUUUUAUGAUGCAGCUAAAUGUUAUUCAGUGUGUGAAUGUUCCAGUUAAGGCUGCAACUAAUCAUUACUUUCAAUCUCAGUUGAUCUGUUAGCUGUCGUUUCAGUGAAUACCUUUUGGAAAAUGUUUGUUAACUUGAUCAAAGAUAGAUGACGGUAUGUUAAAUUCGAAGCUAGCAGGUUUUACGCUAAUAUAGCAUAGAGCAGAGCUUUGCUAAGCUAACUGACAACCCGUAGCAUUUAGCAUAUAGAUCAUUUUAAAGUUUUAAGACAUUCUGUUAGUUUUUCAUUUGUUUGAGAAAAUCAUGGCACAUUCAUUUUCUAUUGAUUUACUAUGCAAAUCAUGGUAUCCUCACUAAUGUACCCACUCAACAGUGAAACAUGUGGGUUUAUCAGUUGAUAGCAGAUCAUUGGAAACUUGGCCAGCACAUUUUCUUUCAUCAAGAAAAGUCCUACUUGAAAUAUUUAUAUCACUAGUUGUACAGUUUAUUUAACUUGUUCCUCAGCAAAAUCAAGUAUGUAAAUAAGAUGCAGACUUUUCACUUUUAAUAAACUUUUAUUUUGUUUUA